AUGCCGUUGUCCUUGGAGAUUACACUACCCAAUGGCGUCAAAUACGACCAGCCAAACGGACUCUUCAUAAACAAUCAAUUCAUACAGGGCUCGGGGGAUGAUUUCACUGUGGUAAAUCCCACAACUGAGGAAGACAUCAUGAGUCUGAAAGGUGCUUCGGAGUCAGAUGUCAAUUUAGCUGUUUCAGCUGCGAGGAUCGCGUUUGAAGGUGAAUGGGUUGAGUUACCUGCUGCUGAACGCGGGGAUCUACUGUACAAGCUUGCUACCCUUGUCGACAGGGAUCGCGAGAUCAUCGCCGCCAUUGAUGCUUUCAACAAUGGAAAGACGUAUCACGCUGCUUUGAACGGGGAUAUCUCGUGCGCUUACAGCGUGUUCAAAUACUAUGCUGGCGCUGCAGACAAGCUCAGCGGCAGCACAGUUGAAACGUCGCCGUCAAAACUGGCCUACGUUUUGAGAGAGCCGCUGGGCGUGAACUAUCCUUUCAUGAUGCUUGCUUGGAAGGUUGCACCAGCGCUGGCGUGUGGAAACACUGUUGUCCUGAAACCCGCUGAACAGACGCCCCUUUCAGCUUUGUACUUCGGAAAGCUCGUCAUCGAAGCAGGCUUUCCGGCCGGCGUUGUCAACAUCAUCCCAGGACUGGGGGCUAUUACCGGAAGAUGCCUUGCUGAACACAUGGAUGUUGACAAAAUCGCAUUUACAGGGAGCACUGCUACUGGACGUGAAAUCAUGAGAUCUGCAGCUUCGAAUCUCAAGAAUAUCACACUUGAAUGUGGCGGUAAAAACCCAAGCAUCGUCUUUAGCGACGCAGACCUUGAUCAGGCCGCAAAGUGGAGCCAUGCCGGUAUCAUGGACAAUCAAGGACAGGUCUGCAUUUCGACUUCAAGAAUCUACGUCCAGGACAGUGUGUACGAUGAGUUUCUGUCUAAGUUCGUGGAGGUCACCAAAGCAAAUCAUAAAAUUGGAGACCCCUUCAACAACACUACUUGGCAAGGGCCCCAGAUUUCGAAGGCGCAAUAUGAAAAGAUAUUGUCCUACAUUGAAAUCGGGAAACAGGAGGGGGCACGACUCAUAUAUGGAGGCGCCAAACAUGGCAACAAAGGAUACUUCAUUGAGCCGACAGUGUUUGUAGACGCAACCGAAAAUAUGAGAAUUGUCAAAGAGGAGAUCUUCGGGCCAGUUGUUGUUAUCUCCAAGUUUAGCACGUUUGAAGAUGCCGUUGCUAAAGCUAAUGACAGCUGCUACGGCCUCUCUGCAGCGGUUUUUACUGAGAAUAUUUCCAAAGCGCAUCGGUUGGCUAGGAAGUUGCAGUCCGGGAUGAUAUUUCUAAACUCAUCCAGCAAUUCCCACUUCGGAAUCCCCUUCGGAGGAUACAAAUCUUCCGGCAUAGGCCGCGAGCUUGGACAGUACGCGCUGGACGCCUACACUCAAACGAAAGCUGUCCAUGUCAACCUAGGCCAUCGUUUGUAA